AUGAUUUAUUAUAUGUAUGAUCUUUGUAUUGUACUAUGUACAAUUCAACUUAGAGUUCAACAUGUUCUGUGUAGAAUGGAGGAAGCACCAUGUGGACGCUGCAACUCACGGUGCCGGACCAGCCUUUCUACUGCCACGCUGUUCGGCAUCUACUUCCAGCCUUCUUUUGUUGUUGCAGCGAUCGUACCAUGCAAUGUGAGAUUGGCAUUCAAUGAGCUCAUCGGAGACACCGUGACCUUCGACGCUCUUGGGGGCCCAUACACUAUGCAGGUCGAGAAGGGGCGAAAGAUAACCCAGAUAGGAGGAGAUGAUUGGGAUCAUUUCAUCGCCCGCAUGCGUCUUAGUGGGCGUGAAUUGAUCAGCUUCUCCUUCAGAAGAGAUAGGCCCAGGAUUUCUGUUAUCUAUCUAAAUUUGAUUCCGGAUAGUGAGGAUGAAGUUCAUGAGGAGGAAGAUGGUGCUGAUUCAGAUGAUGACGAUUCAGAUGAUGAUGAGAACCCACUUGUUGAAUACCUGUAUGCCCAAGGACUCAGACUGGGCGACGAGGAAAUCGGCAACCUCUGGGACAUGCUUCCGCUACGUGAAGACUACCUAGGGAAGCCAUUCGUGACCCGCCUCACAAGGACGAAUGUUAAACGGCAUAUCAUGAAAUUACCUAAGAGGUUACUUGAUAGCUGUGGCAUCGACCCGGACGAAGAAGGCAUGGCUUCUGGACUACGCCUUACCAGAACGGGCUCCAUCACCAGCUGUGCCUAUGCAGUGGACACGGACGGUCGCACUGUCUUGAGAAGGGCAGGGUAG